CUAUCCUUUUUCAUUUCACAAUCACAUUAUCGUCAUCGAAUUUCAAAUGUACAUGUGCUUCUUAGUGUACUGCGGUAAAUGAAGAAAGCAAGAGAAGGCUUAAUAACUUAGCUCUUCGUAAACUAGAAACUUUUUAAUAUUCAUUACAAUGGCAGAUAUUGAAAAAUUGUCCAUACAAGAUGAAAUUUACACUUCUGAGAAAAAUGGAAACGAUAGUACUGGUACUGGAACGGCCGACAAGCCGUUCAAGACAAUUCUUCAGGCUAUGCGCCACGCCGGGAAGGAGCCGUUCCCUAAAAUCUUGGUAGAUGGAAAAGAAGAAGGUACAGUGUAUGAACCAGCGGCGAAGUCCCAGCUCAAAAAGAUACAGAAGAUUUGGGUGAGGGAAACCCAUAAAGCCGCUGACAAGGCAAAAGCUGAAGAGGAGAGCAACGAGAAGAGAUUGCAGAACCUUGAGGAAGCUAAGAAAAUAGUGAUAAAAAUGGACCCAAACUUACCUAAAGCAAAGACUAUAAAAAUAGCUGAAGCUGGCGAUUAUCGAGGUCAGCGUAUCUGCAUCCGCGGAUGGGUACACCGUCUUAGAAGGCAGGGCAAGGCGCUCGCCUUCCUGACGCUCCGUGAUGGUACUGGGUACCUUCAGUGUGUACUCCACGGGGAACUCUGUCAGACAUACAACGCUCUGGUGCUGUCUACGGAAUCGUCGGUAAUUAUAUAUGGGAAAUUAGAGGCUGUACCUGAAGGCAAAACGGCACCCGGUGGACACGAGUUGACUGCAGAUUAUUGGGAGUUAGUUGGUCUCGCGCCACCAGGAGGCGCGGAUGCCAUCCUGAACGAGGAAGCCUUGCCUGAUGUGCAGUUGGACAACAGGCAUAUAAUGAUUCGCGGCGAGAACACAUCGAAGGUGCUCCGAGCGCGGGCGGCGGUCACGCGUGCGUUCCGCGAACACUUCGCUGCGAGGCGCUACACCGAGGUCACCCCGCCCACCCUCGUGCAGACUCAAUGCGAGGGCGGCAGCACGCUCUUCAAGUUUGGCUUUUUCGGAGAGACAGCAUACCUGACACAAAGUUCGCAGUUAUACCUGGAGACUUGUUUGCCCACGCUGGGCGACGUGUACUGCAUAGCACAAUCAUACCGUGCCGAACAAUCGCGCACUCGGCGACAUCUAGCGGAAUACAGUCAUGUAGAAGCUGAAUGUCCAUUCAUCACGUUUGAUGAGCUGCUGGACCGUUUAGAGGACUUGGUGGUGGAUGUGGUGGACCGCGUGCUGGCGUCAGAUGCUGCGCAGCUUGUGCAAGAACUCAACCCGGACUUUAAGAGACCACGUAGGCCGUUCAAGCGUAUGGCGUACAGUGAGGCGAUAGAGUAUUUGCGCGCCAACAACAUUACUAAAGAUGAUGGCUCCUUCUACGAGUUUGGAGAGGAUAUACCAGAAAUGCCGGAGCGUAAAAUGACAGAUGCCAUUGGAGAACCAAUCCUGCUGUGCAAGUUCCCAUUGGAGAUCAAAUCCUUCUACAUGUCUCGGUGUGAGGAGGACCGCAGGCUCACAGAAUCUGUGGACGUGCUUAUGCCAGGCGUUGGAGAGAUUGUCGGCGGCUCUAUGAGGAUAUGGAACUACGAGGAGCUCCUCGAGGGGUACAAGCGUGAAGGCAUCGACCCAUCCCCAUACUACUGGUAUACGGACCAGCGGAAGUUCGGCUCUGUCCCCCACGGGGGUUACGGGCUCGGGCUCGAGCGGUUCCUAUGCUGGUUGCUGGCCAGACCCCACAUUCGAGACGUCUGUCUCUACCCACGCUUCCUCGACCGCUGUACACCUUGAGGUGUACAAACUCCGUUCUCGAUG